AUGAACGGAUAUACAGUUGGUGAGAAUGGAACUAAUUCUGGGAUGACAGAACAACAUCAGUUCCAAUUGUUCGAAGAAUCUCUCAGGAAGGUUAAUAAACUUGUAUUCCAAAUGUUGAUAAAUGAAAUUAUACCACUCUCUAUGAGUGUUGAGAGAAAAUUGGAGAAAUCUAAUGACGAAGAGGUUAGCAGUAAUAUGUCCAAGUUGGAUGUCAAUGAAGAUAGCAAUACUACAAAUCUUCUAAAAGAUAUUGUUCCAUCCAAUCAACUAAUACAUGACCUUUUAGAUACUAAAGAUGAGGAUAAAUACAACAAAGUGAUAGAUCGAGUAAGGAAUAUCGGAUUCCAAGUCGGGAACAAACUCUCUGAGUUAUUAAUAUUUACAAAUAAUCCGAAUUUACAAUUUAAAGAUAUGGAUAUUUUGUUAAUAAUGAAAUUUGUGUGUCGUGAUGUAUGGAAACAAUUGUAUGGGAAACAAAUUGAUAAUUUAAAGACCAAUCAUAGAGGUACCUUUUAUCUAUUUGACUACGAUUACCCACCUAUUCGAGAAUUUUGUAUCGAAGAAAAUGCAUUAAAGAAAGAAUUAAAAUUGGUGGAACCUUUCCUCGAAUUUCCGGUAGGUAUAAUAAAAGGUGUUUUGGCGUCGUUAGGGUACCCUCCUGAACAAGUGAUCUGUCUCGCCACUUUUGUAGAUAGACCUAAUAAUGAUAUACCAGAUACAAGUUUUGCUAAAGGGAUAAGUUUCCAUAUUCAAAUUACUACUCAAAAUAAUCAAUAG